AUGGAAAAAGUGAUGAGUUUUCUUAUGAAUUUGAUGGUUAUUUCCUCUUUGCCCGUAGCCACAUAUGCUACGAAAACAGGUCCUGUAGACACCAAGGAACCAUGGUUCCAAGUCAUCUCCAAGCAUGGAAAUGAAAAGACAGCCAAGCUUCAUUUCUAUUUUCAGGAUUUAAUAGGUGGUGAAAAUAAGACAGUGUACGAGGUAGUCCGUGCUUCUAUCACUUGUAAUUCUUUGUUUCCGUUGGGUUCAAUUCUAGUCAUCGAUAACCUAAUCACAGCUGAGGCGGAUAUCAAGUCAAAGCCAAUUGGCAGAUUUCAGGGGAUUGGCGCUUCUGCUGACCUGAAAACAACAGCCGUAGCCUUAAAUGCUAACCUCUACUUCACGUCGGGAGGCGUGAAUGGAAGCACGAUCAGUGUUUCGGGAAGGAGUGCACUAAUGGAGGGACGUCGGCGUGAGCUGGCGAUCGUUGGUGGUACCGGGAUGUUCCGUUUUGCAAAAGGAUAUGCUAUCACCAAUUAUACUACUAUUGUUGAGAAUGAAUAUCUUCUUGUGGAAUGCACCGUUUAUGUGACUUACAUGGACGAAUCCAGACAUGAAAGCUUCUCAAGAUAA